AUGCCCGCCCUGGGCUCCGAGCUGCAGUGCCCGCCGUCGCCGUCGCCGCCCAUGGUGCAGAAACCGGCCACGGAGCCGCAGCCGGCACCCCACGGGGAGCUGCAGUACCUGGGGCAGAUCGAGCAUAUCCUGCGCUGCGGGGUCUGGAAGGAUGACCGCACCGGCACUGGCACGCUGUCAGUGUUUGGAAUGCAGGCGCACUACAGCCUGAGAGAUGAAUUUCCUCUGCUGACAACAAAACGCGUAUUCUGGAAGGGUGUUUUGGAGGAGUUGCUGUGGUUUAUCAAGGGAUCUACAAACGCUAAGGAACUGUCUUCCAAGGGAGUGAAAAUCUGGGAUGCCAAUGGGUCUCGAGACUUCUUGGACAGCCUGGGAUUCUCCAACAGAGAAGAAGGGGACUUAGGCCCAGUUUAUGGCUUUCAGUGGAGGCAUUUUGGGGCAGAAUACAUAGAUAAGGAUUCAGAUUAUUCAGGUCAAGGAGUAGACCAACUGCAAAAGGUCAUUGACACAAUCAAAACCAACCCUGAUAACAGAAGAAUCAUCCUGUGUGGUUGGAAUCCAAAAGAUCUUCCUUUGAUGGCCAUCCCACCGUGCCAUGCCCUCUGCCAGUUCUACGUGGUGAAUGGUGAGCUGUCCUGCCAGCUGUACCAGAGGUCAGGGGACAUGGGCCUGGGCAUGCCCUUCAACAUCGCCAGCUAUGCCCUGCUCACCUACAUGAUCGCACACAUCACAGGCCUAAAGCCAGGUGACUUCGUACAUACUUUGGGAGAUGCACAUAUUUACCUGAGUCACAUUGAGCCACUGAAAAUGCAGCUUCAGCGAGAACCAAGGCCUUUCCCGAAACUCAAAAUCCUUCGAAAAGUUGAAACAAUCGAUGACUUCAAGGCUGAAGACUUUCAGAUUGAAGGGUACAGUCCUCACCCGACUAUUAAAAUGGAAAUGGCUGUUUAAAGUGCUUUUAAAGGAGGUACUUGAAGGCUAUUCAGUCUGUAGGGUUUGGACUGAGUGCCCAGGUGAAAGCUCAUUUGCCCUAGAGGAAGAGGGAACUAGGUCAAAAAUCUCUUGGUGACCAGCAUUUACUAACUUGUAAGAAUGUUGCCACUGAGAAACAUAACCUUGCCUGAUCUCUUAGCA